AUGAGUCAAAUGACAGUCUGGAACACAGUGUUGUCUUCGCAAGAUGUUUAUAAUCUAGCUGGGAGCUGUAUGAAUGCUAGAAAUGAUGCUGUAGUUAUAUCGUGGGCUGACUUUCUCCCUGGAUUUACUGGAGAUUAUAGGAAGACACCAAGGUCAAACGCUUGCCACUGUAAGUUGCCAAUGUCACAUGGAUUACUGGUGUGACUAAUUGCAUCUCACUAAAUCUACUGUAUUUUUAUAUGUUUGUGAUUUUGCUCUGAAUGUGUCCACAUCAGGCAAGCUGAAAAGUUUGCUUGACCGCGGUGGGAAUCGUGCCCGCGACCUUUGGUUCGCUAGUCUAAUAAUGGCUCUACCAACUGAGCUACGAGUAGCAGUAACAGUAGCUGUUACAAUUACCCAACUGUUGCAAAUACCAAGUCAUAUACGUUAUAGUAUAAGUAUACUCGCAAAAGAUCCACCUCAUGAUUAUUUUUUAAAGGUAGCUGUGAAAUUUAUUUUUUCUAUCUUUUAGUCUCUGCCACACUUCGUGGAUAUGACACAGUAUACAACGCCAUCCUCCCAUCCAACAACCACAGAACGUUGCACGGUGUCUCACCAGAUGAUUGUGGAAAGUCAUGUAACCAAGAAACUGGAUUUCAAUGUAGAUCGUUUGACUACCACAGUUCUUCACGGAAAUGUUAUCUAAGUAAAGCCUACCGUGAUACUGUUGCUGUCUCACACCCAGAUAAUACUGGAUAUGAUUACUAUGAGCUGAGUAAGUAUAAAUACUCCGAUUUAG